AGUAGAUUUGAUCUGCCCCCAACAGAGAGCGCGCGCCCUCUCCCAGUAAGCAAGCGCAAUGCGACGACCACUUCUGACGGUCGAGUCACGAAGAAACGCCACAGGAACUCCACGAGGAAUAAUGAUACGCCACGAGCCUUCAGGAGACUCAUGGCCGUGGCAGGGGGGAAGAAACUCAGGUCAGGCUUGGAUGACGGCCAAGCUGAGAAACCGUCCGCAAAGAAGUCUGAUAAGCCGAGCGAGGACCUUCAGAUUCGCCCUGGCGAGAAUCUGGGAGCCUUCGCGAGCCGUGUCGAUGCAGCCUUACCAGUAUCAGGGCUCGCCAGGAAAACCAGUGUAACCAAGGACGGCAAAGAUGCACAAGGCUUCAAAGUGUACCGAACCCGCAAAGAACGCAAGAUGCACAAGCUCUACGACCAGUGGAGGGCAGAAGAGUUGAAGCUGCAGGAAAAGAGGGAAGAGGAGCUAGAGCGCAUAGCAGAGCGCGACCUGGAAGACGACGCUGCUGGCAUUCUUACAUCAGCUGCUUUUCAGGACGAAAAUAGCCACACGAGAAGAAAGAAAGGCCAUAAACGAAAAAGGGUAGUAGAGGAGGACCCAUGGCUUGAAUUGAAAAGGCGUAGAGCAGAGAAGAAGCCCAAGGUCUAUGAUACAGUAUUAGCACCACCUGAGCUUUUUAAAAAGGGGUAA